AUGGUACCAUCAACGUCAAACAAGCCGAACGACGAUGAUUGCCUCAAAGACUUAUUCCUGACCGACCCCUGGAAGGACAUGAAGCGCACCAGGGAGUCCAAUUCCCCAGUCAAGGAAAUACGGCCGACGAAUUAUCUCCGGAGGGGCCUGAGGGCAGCGGCAUUUCCGCUGCGGGGCAUUUGGUAUUUCCUGCGGCGUCGGCCCUUCUACCCGCUGUUCGUCGGCCGACUACUUCCGUUAUCGAUCAUAUCUUUCCUCGUCUAUUUCAUACUCUUCACCUUUGCAUUCCUGCCCCAGUUUGCCUUCCUGGCUAUUUUCCAUGGCUGGGGAGCCUGGAUCAACGCCGUCGUCCUGGUUCUGGGCGAGGGCCUCGUCAUCACGCAAGGAUUGUUCGAAGCAUUUUUUGUGGAUGAAAUCCGCGUAGAUAUCUUCGAUGCAACACUCAUCAACUUCGACCUGAUCGAUCUCGUCGCCCCGCACCGAGUGCUCUUCCUCGAUGCGCCGAACUCUGUCAAGAUGCUAGGGAAGCCGACUAGCCGAGCCGAGUACACACCGUGGAGCAUAAUCCAGAUCGUCGAGCUCAUCGUCUUCCUUCCUCUCAAUCUGGUCCCCUACGUCGGCACGCCCGCCUUUAUCAUCAUCACCGGCGCGAGGCUCGGGAAGCUGGCUCAUCACCGCUGGUAUAAACUACGGGGCCUGGACCGAAAGCAGACAAAGAAGGAAAUACGGGAUCGGACCUGGGAAUACACGUGGUUUGGCACCGUCGCCAUGAUACUGGAGCUGGUUCCCAUUCUGAGCUUCUUCUUCCUGCUGACUUCGACAGCUGGUUCGGCCAUGUGGGUGGCCGAGAUAGAGAAGAAAAAGAGGGCGGCCGAAGCUGGUGGAGGGAGUGAUGGCGAACCUGUGAAUGCCGAACAACCUGGCGCCGUGUUCCACGAUGAUCCAGUUUGAGGCCGGGUUAACCCCCGGAUACUGAUGAAGUCGCUUCUCCGGACACCGGAAUUGUCAUCUCGUCUUUUGCAAGGCAUACUUGGCGGCGAAGGCUCCCGGACCAACCAAUCCUGGCUUUGUUCCGUUGUUGUCUGCAGAACCUUGAGCGAGCCGGGGACUAUGGCAGUUCUUCAGUACGGUAUUA